AUGGCUAGAACCUCUAUGGCUCUUCUUUUUCUUACAAUCUUGUCAAUUUUCAGUAUUUUAGAAGCUCGUCCUCUUAAUAUUGCAAAUUCGAACAAAGGAAUAUUUGAGACGCAUGCAAAUUCUCAAACUCUAGGUGGAAUCGAGCACUCUGGUCCAAACGAUGGUGGUGAAGGACAUUAUCAUACUACUGGCGCUCCUACUGUUCUUCGGGGGAUCAAGUAUUCUGGUCCAAGCCAUGAUGGCCAAGGAAACUAUUACCCCACUAGUACACCUCAAACGCUUGGAGGGAUCAAGCACUCCGGUCCAAGUAAUAGGGGUGAGGGACAUUACUACACUACUAGUGUUCCUCAUGUUCUUGGAGGGAUCAAGCACUCUGGUGCAAGCCACGAUGGUGAAGCACAUUACUACACUACUACUGCUCCUCCUUUUCUUGGAGGGAUCAAGCAUUCUGGUCCAAGCCAUGGUGGACAAGGAAACUAUUACACUAAUAAUGCUCCUCAAACACUUGAAGGAAUCAAGGCCUCGGGUCCAAGCCAUGGCGGUGAAGGACAUUACUAUACUAAUAGUGCUCCUCAAACACUUGAGGGAAUCAAGGCCUCCGGUCCAAGCCACGGCGGUGAAGGGCAUUACUACUCUAAUGGCGCUCAAACACUUGAAGGAAGCAAGGCCUCUGGUCCAAGCCAUGCCAGAAGCAAGGCCUCUGGUCCAAGCCAUGCCAGUAAAGGACAUUCCCCUACUACUAGUGGUCCUCAUGUUAUUGGGGGAAUUAAGGCCUCGGGUCCAAGUCAUGGCGGUGAAGGACAUUACUAUACUAAUAGUGCUCCUCAAACACUCGAAGAAAUCAAAGCCUCUGGUCCAAGCCAUGGCGGUGAAGGACGUUCCUAUACUAAUAGUGCUCCUCAAACACUUGAAGGAAUCAAGGCCUCCGGUCCAAGCCACGGCGGUGAAGGGCAUUACUACACUAAUGGCGCUCAAACACUUGAAGGAAGCAAGGCCUCUGGUCCAAGCCAUGCCAGUAAAGGACAUUCCCCUACUACUAUUGGUCCUCAUGUUAUUGGGGGAAUUAAGGCUGGGGAAUUAAAGCGACCUCGGGUCCAAAGUCAUGGCGGUGAGAACAUUACUAAUACUAAAGUGCUCCUCAAACACUCGAAGAAAUUCCAAAAGCCUCUUGGUUCCAAGCCAUGGCGGAAGGCAAGUCCUCAAACACUUGAAGGAAUCAAGGCCUCCGGUCCAAGCCACGGCGGUGAAGGGCAUUACUACUCUAAUGGCGCUCAAACACUUGAAGGAAGCAAGGCCUCUGGUCCAAGCCAUGCCAGUAAAGGACAUUGCCUUACUACUAGUGGUCCUCAUGUUAUUGGGGGAAUUAAGGCCUCCGGUCCAAGCCAUGGCGGUGAAGGACAUUACUAUGCUACUAGUGCUCCUCAAACACUCGGACAGAUCAAGCACUCUGGUUCUGGCACUGGUGUUCGAGGAAACUGA